GCAUCAAUGGAGAAAGCGCGGAAAGAGUACCUGUUUAAGGUGCUGGUGAUUGGGGACCUGGGGGUGGGGAAGACGAGCAUCAUCAAGCGGUAUGUCCACCAGAUCUUCUCCCAGCAUUACAGAGCCACCAUCGGCGUGGAUUUCGCUCUCAAAGUCCUGCACUGGGACCCGGACACUGUGAUCCGACUCCAGCUUUGGGAUAUAGCGGGGCAGGAGAGGUUUGGCAAUAUGACCCGGGUGUAUUACCGAGAGGCUGUCGCUGCAUUUAUUGUCUUCGAUGUGUCUCGAGCCUCUACGUUUGAAGCAGUUUCAAAGUGGAAGAACGACCUGGAUACGAAGGUCCGGCUGCAGAACGGCAAGAUGGUGCCCACAGUCCUGCUGGCAAAUAAGUGUGACCAGGUGAAGGAGGGCCUCCGUUACAGCCUGCCCAAACUGGAGCACUUCUGCAAAGAGAAUGGCUUCGUUGGCUGGUUUGAGACCUCGGCAAAGGAUAACGUCCACAUUGAGGAAGCAGCUCGGCUCCUGGUGGAGACUGUCCUCGCAGCUGAGGAUGGCGACGCUGUGCCCCCGGAUCCCGAAGUGGUCUCCCACGAGCGCCUGUCAGUGGACAGCACCACUGGCUGCUCCACUUGUACCAAAUAACUAAUCAGAUCAGCUGCCAGUGGGGGAGGGGAGAGGGCAGGAGGAUCUGGCCUUUGGAGAAUGGAGUUGGGGUUGGCUGUUUCUCUUGUUAGUGCAAUGUCCAUGUUGGACCAUUCCUGAAGCUGUCCUCACUGAGCACUAGCUCUGGGUGCCCUCUGCUGAUCGCUCUGAUCAUCCUAGUGUCCGUUUGGAUCUAAAAUUCACGUCUGAGCAGAAAGGAGCAAUGGUUUGUGUUGUAAAUGCAGUUCAGUCCUGGC